AUGUAUCGCAUAGCAGUGGAUCGUAGCCAGGGCAAAUUACUCAUAAUUAGCAUCCAAAAUUUUGGUAGCAGAGAGUUGCUCAAUUACAUUGCUAAGAGGUACUCUAUUGCUAAGGAUCGUAGACAGAGAAUUUUGGAUAACAGAUCAAGUCAGCUCAGAUAUCUUAAACUUGUCAAGUGUUUUAACAUUGCUGGAGGUUUGGCUGUAGCCGCCAAGAACUUGCCGUUGUUUGAGGAGUUGCACAUUCACUUGACCUUUAUUAGCGAAGAGGAUAUAGAAAGUGUUGGUCGUUAUUGUCCUCUGCUUAACUCAUUCACAUUGAAUGCCAGUGAAUAUGAUACUCCUGUAAAUUUAAUAUCUGCAGAUGAUGGUCAAGCUCUAGCCAUUUCCAAAAGUAUGCCUGAAUUGCGGCACCUUGCACUUAUUGCAAAUACGUUGACAAAUGUUGGACUUGAAGCUAUUCUUGAUGGCUGUCCACACCUUGUAUCACUUGACUUGCGCUGCUGUUAUAAUAUUGAUCUUGAAGGAGAUUUAGGUAAAAGAUGCAGAGAACAGAUUGUAGAUGUUAAGCAACCUUGUGCUUCCUGUCAAGAUUAUGAGUUUUAUUCUGAAUUUUCACAUUACUGUUUCUCUAAUGAUGACUCUACAUUUAGGGACUAGGGUCUCCUAAUUAUGAUAACUUCCUCCGCUUCAGAGACUAUAUAUCUUGAGAAACUAAUGUGGCAGUUUGAUGGGAAUGUGGAAGAAGACAAAGGGAUUUUAGUAGCAGUGGUUU